UAAGAAAAAAUAAUUUGAAUUGUUCGGUUCUCUAAAUUGCUGAACAAGUUCUGAGGCGAUUCUCUGCUCUCCUCUUUAAAAGAGAAGAAAAAAGAAAACUGUUCCGUUUGUAUACCUGAGCGUGAGAACGCGCAUGUCAAACAGUUUGCAUGCAAAUAUAAAGACGAUCGGAGGGAACAUGUUCAAAGCAGUGCGACGCGAUCUAUCGUCGUGGAAUCAUUGUCGCUUAGUCACGGCCGUUAUUAUUAGGUCCCUUCGCGAUAACAGCGGUGAAAUUGUAGCAACAAAAUCGAACUCGUGCAGCUUUUGGACCCGAAAGUUUUCGACGCACUUACGCGAGAUGGUGAAAGCAAGGAAAUACGUGGUGGUAAAUCAUUUUGUGAACGAACCGAAGCCGACGGAUCUAAAAUUGGUGGAGGAGGAGCUGCCGGCCUUGCAGAAUGGAGAAUAUCUCGUGGAAGCUGAGUACUUUUCUGUGGAUCCGUACAUGAGACCAUACUUGCAAAGAUUCCCGGUCGGAAUUACGAUGAUUGGUAGUCAGGUCGCCAAAAUCGUGGAAUCCAAAAAUCCAAACUUUCCGGUCGGCAAGAGAAUCGUCGGAUACCUGGGCUGGAGAACUCACACGAUUAUCAACCCAAAUUCCGCAUUGAAAGAUGCCACGUUAGAGCAACCACCAUACAUUUUGCCGGACAUAGGCGAUUUGCCGUCAUCCCUUGGCCUAGGCGUGUUGGGAAUGCCGGGCAACACGGCAUAUUUCGGCUUGCUGGAGAUAUGCAAACCGAAGUCCGGCGAAACAAUUGUCGUCAGCGGAGCCGCCGGUGCGGUCGGUUCGCACGUAGGCCAGAUCGCCAAGAACCUGGGUCUGACUGUGAUCGGAAUAUGCGGCUCCGAUGAGAAAUGCAAGUGGCUCACCGAGGAAAUGGGCUUCGAUUCCGCUAUCAAUUACAAGACCACACCGAUCACAUCCGCUCUACGCAAAGCCGCUCCGAAUGGAGUUGACUGCUACUUCGAUAAUGUUGGUGGAGAUAUCUCGAGCAUGGUCAUGUAUCAGAUGAAUUUGUUCGGCCGUGUAUCCGUGUGCGGUAGCAUCUCAAGCUACAACGCAGACCCAUCGUCCUUGCCCAAAUGCACAAUUCUGCAACCUACGAUAGUGUUUAAACAAUUGAAGAUAGAGGGAUUUAUUGUGUCACGCUGGGGGGAUCGUUGGUCAGAAGGAAUUACGCAAAACUUGCAAUGGAUACGUGAGGGCAAGCUCCGUUAUCGCGAGACAAUAACUAAGGGCUUUGAGAACAUGUUCGACGCGUUCGUUGGUAUGCUGCGCGGUGAGAACAUCGGCAAGGCGAUUAUCCAGGCAUAGACGUCGACCAAAAUCGAUUGGGCAUUGCAAGCUGAUGUUUCUUACCAGUACGAAAAAACUGGCUAUUCUUUUAAUUAUGUUUUACCUUUAAAAAUAAAUGUUCUAAAUUAUGCUUAUUUCUGAUUUCUUAAAUAUUACAAAUAAUGUUAAAGAAAACAUGAAGAAGGUUAAGGUUUGCAUAAAAAAAUUUAAAGCUCAUUUUUACAAUCUUUUAGAAAAAAAAACAUUAUAAAUGCCAUUAUAAAAUUACGAUUACGUAGUAAUGGUGUGAGCAUGCUCGCGAAAAUUCUCAUCCCGGCAUUCCCAACACGCCUAGACCAAGGGAUGACGGCAAAUCGCCUAUGUCCGGCAAAAUGUAUGGUGGUUGCUCUAACGUGGCAUCUUUCAAUGUGGAAUUUAGGAUAUUGACGUGUGAGUUCUCCAGCCCAGGUAUCCGACGAUCCUCUUGCCGACCGGAAAGUUCGGAUUUUUGGAUUCCACGAUCUUGGCGACCUGAUCUUGGCCGCCAAUCAUCGUAAUUCCGACCGGGAAUCUUUGCAAGUAUGGUCUCAUGUACGCAUCCACAGAAAAGUACUCAGCUUCCACGAGAUAUUCUAAAAGGAAAAGAUGUGUGAUUUUAUUAAGGGAUAAUUUAUUAGUAGUAACAAAACUUGUUGUCACCAGUGGUAAUGAAAAAAUUAAGAAUAAUAGACUUAUUGUCGACCAGACUGCAAUGAUUUAUUAUUGGAAAGGUACUACGUUUCGACCCUCGAAUUGAGCCCUUAUCAAGUAAAAGUCUCUUGAAGUACAACGUUAACAGUGUUAAAGGUACAGGAAUUUUACCCCAGUAUCGAAACGUUCCUACAGUAGUUUUCCAAUAAAUCAUUGCCCAUCUGGUCGACAAUAAGUCUAUUAUUCUUAAAAAUUUAUUAUAACUAAAAAUGUUAAUUUAAUAAUAAUAAUAUGCGAUUACGUAGUAAUCGCAAUUUUAUAAUGACACUUAUAAUGUUUUUUUUUUUAUUUUUCUGAAAGAUUAAAAGAGUAAAAUGCACUUUAAAUUUUGUAUUGUGCAAACCUUAUCGUUCUUCAUGUUUUCUUUAACAUUAAUUGUAAUAUUUAAAAGAUCAAAAAUAAGCAUAAUUUGGAACAUUUAUUUUUAAAGGUAAAACAUAAACGAAAGAAUAAUAGUCAGUUUUUUCAAUUAAGUACAUCUACUAAUUUACAGUUUUUAAGUUUUGUAAUCAAAAUAAGAAAAUAAAAAUAUAAAAAAAUGAUUGCGUAUAAUUGCAUUCCAAGGACAUAAUAAUCUUUUUAUAUUACGCACGCGUUAAAAUGUGUAGUUAAUUUAAUAAAAAAUGUUUAUAAAAACUUAAA